AUGUCGGUUAAUAAAGAUGAUGUUCGGUCCGAAACUUCGAAUCAACAAGAGAAUCACGGAGGGCAAACAACGGAAUCAGGCCACGUGUUCGUCCAUGAUUGGAUAGAAGAAUCUGGAAGUGCAGGAAGAGAAAGCUCCAGGUUAGGAUUUUGUGUUGGGAAGUAUUUGUUCAUGUCUUAUGCCUUUGGUGAUUCAAUUGGUGAUUUCUUGAAUGUUGCUUACGACCGAGGAUUUGAGAUGUGGCUGUUGAUGAUGCUAAAUUCUGGUCUUUUGAAUAAAUAUUUUCUUAUUGGUGAAGGUCACAAGGUCUCUUUGAACGUGUAUGACUUGAGCCAGGGUCUAGCCCGACAAUUGUCUACAACGUUUUUGGGGAAGGCAAUUGAAGGAAUAUGGCAUACUGGAGUUGUAGUAUAUGGCCGUGAAUACUAUUUUGGAGGUGGCAUACAGAGUGAUCCAAUUGGGAAAACUCCAUACGGAACUCCUAUCCGAGUUGUAGAUCUUGGCGUGACUCAUGUUCCGAAAGAUGUAUUUGAAAUGUACUUAGAAGAGAUUAACCCCCGAUAUACUGCCGAGACAUACAGUUUGCUGACCCACAACUGCAACAAUUUUAGCAAUGAGGUUGCCCAGUUUCUGGUCGGUGCUACUAUACCGGACUACAUUCUGAAUCUCCCAAACGAAGUUAUGAGCAGCCCAAUGGGUGCUCUCAUGCUGCCUAUGAUUCAACAAUUAGAGACAACCUUAAGAGCAGGUGCUGUGCCCCAGGCGCCUCAAUUUAAUCCAGCUGCAGCCGCUCGCCCAAGUCAGGCACCAACUGCUACCAAAUCAACGAGCACAAACAACAAAGAGGCCGAAAAAUCAAAGCAAGAUUCUGCCAAACAAAAUGCUGAGAAAAAAAAUGUGGGCACUUGCAGUGAGACACAAGAGAAGCCUCCUGUCAAGCAGCGGGACCCACUUGGAGAUGCUCGGAGCAAAGUACAAGAGGAGAUUAGCAGCGAGUUUGCGGCAAUCAUGGCAACUGGCACCUUGCGUGCGAGUGAGGCUGCGGCAUUGGCAACUAGGAGAGUGAUGCAGAGAUACGGGCAUAUGAACACGGUGCAGAGCUAGAAUUAGGAUGAGUGGUGUUUUUCUGAAUUAUGAUAUAAUUGAUUGAUGUGAUGUUUUAUCUAUAAAAUUCUUGAUGGAGACACUGAAUUCUUUCGUUUGGAUUGUUGGACCAAAAAAAACCUUGUACGGGCCGAGGAUGGAGUGUACUAGUGUAGUACCAACACUGUUGCUGUUGCUUUAAUAUGAGUCUGUCUGUGUCAUAACAAAAAUGGACUUGUUGCUAAAUUAGUGCUUGCUUUAUUUAUUUGUUUUCAUUUCUGUGUCUUUAAUUUAAUAUUUAGUUUUUAUGUGACUUGAAACAAGAUGAAAUUCCUGGGUUCAAUUGUUUACCGGUAAACAAUGUUUACUCAAUUUGUUGUCCGGGCUGUGGUCUUGCUUCUUGGGUUUGAUGUCGGGUGUUUGGUUUGGGUUGGUGGUACGGACUGUCCCAAACGUGGGUUAUUUAACGAAAUUCGUCGAAAUUUGAGGCCUUGUCUCGUUCGUUCUACCCACCCGG